UCUACCUCGGCAAGUCAAGUAGUGCUUAAAUCAAGAUCGCAGUUCCAAGUUAAAGGUAUUGUGGAUGCAAUUCGACGUUAUUGGCCUCCGGGAGCUAUCCCAGAAUGCUCCCUUGUGACUGCUCUGGACAACACUCUCAUCUCCGAUUCACUAGCCAGGUGGGCAGGAAAAGCCCCGGGAACUUCUGAAUUUCAUUUCCUGUUUGGUCACCAUCAGCACAGGUCCACCAUCACAGGCGACCAUGCAGAGUCCACCAUCACAAGAGAUCACGCAGUCCUGGAUUCACAGACGACCUCUAGCAUGUUCCAAAUGGGAGGUAUUUGAUCUCAGUGCAUGUUGGGGAGAUGAAUCUGUUAUGGCAGAAGUACAUUCCAAAAAAAGGAACGCAAAUAAGUAUGCUAAAGUCUCCAAGGCCAUGACAGAAAGAGGCUACUCCAGGGACACAGAGCAGUGUCGUCCAAAAAUCAAGGAGCCCAGGCAAGUAUACCAAAAUGCCAGGGAGGGGAACGGGUGCUCUGGGUCACAGGCCCAUACAUUCCGCUCCUACCGUGAGCUGCAUGCAAUUAUGGGAGGUGACACCACCACUACCUCACCACUGUCCAUGGACACUUGCAAGGGAGGAGUUGCAUGGAGUGAGGAGGAUGAAUUAUUGGAGGACAAAGAGGAGGAGGAAGAGAAGGAGGAAGACAGUGCACAGGCAGCAAGUGGGGAAUCCGUUAUCCCCCCUAGCCAGGAACUAUUCUUAACACUGGAGCCAAUAGCCUUCCCACACUCCCAAGGCGGGCUCCCGAACCAUGAUCCUGAAGAAGGUACUUCUGCAGGUGCAAAUGUUUCAACUCGGCCCCUAUCUACUCCGUCCCAGAGGCUGGUCCAGAUGAGAAGGCAGAAAAAAUGAACUCGGGACAACAUGUACGCCAAGCUCAUGCAGUCCUCCCACACUGAUAGAUCUCAGAGCAAUCAAUAUUCAGAGCAAUAUGGUGGAUAUAAUGCGAGAAAGGCAGCAGGACCACAAACUGCUGCUGCAGCCCCUGUUUAACCACCCUCCCUCCUCCCCAAGUUCCAUAGCCUCCUCACCCAGACCCCAAGAACACGAGAAAGGAGCUUACAGAGACCCACACACUCAACUCCAGAGGAUCGCCCAAGCAGCAGAAAGUUGGCAUACGCAAACUUCUGAUUUGGUUUCUGGACUUGUCCUUCCCUCCUCCUCCACCCCUGUAACCCAAUACCCAUCCCCUUCCUCCGGUCUACCUUCUGAUUUCUCUCAAUGUGUUGUGCAACA